AUGCCGCGCUCGCUGAAGGAGGAGACGGCGCUGCUGCUGGAGGAUUACUUCCAGCACCGCGGCGGCGGCGCCGCGCUGCCCCCCAGCCCCACGGCGGCCGCGCUGCGGCGGGCGGCGGCCGAGCUGGAGCGGCAGGAGCGGCCCUUCUUCCGCUCCUGCGCGCCGCUGGCGCGGGCUGAGCCGCGGGAGGCGGCCGCGCUGCUCGGAAGGGUGGCGGCGCAGCUGGAGGCCGACGGCGGCCUCAACUGGGGCCGGCUGCUGGCGCUCGUGGUGUUCGCCGGCACGCUGGCGGCCGCGCUGGCCGAGCGGGGCUGCGGCGACGGGCCGCGCUGCCUGGCCGCCCACCUGGCCGCCUACCUGGCCGAGGAGCGCGGCGAGUGGCUGGAGGCGCACGGCGGAUGGGAUGGCUUCUGUCGCUUCUUCGGCAGGCACGGCUCGGAGGCGGCGGAGCAGAGCAGCACCAUCGGCAACGCCAUCAUGGCAGCGGCGGCGGGCAUCGGCAUGGCAGGACUGGCUUUUCUCUUGAACAGACCCUCUAAGAAGAAGUCUAUAUUUUUAAACUGGUUCAGAAAACUGCCUCACCAAAUCCUUGGCUGUAAACUGCUUCACUCGCUACCCAGUAAUGCCACAAACAAAUGUGUACUAGAGCACUAUUUGUGCGUGUUCAAAACCUGUUGUCUCCAAACAUGUUCUGGACUUUCUUUUUUGAAGUUGUAACCUAAACUUUAGCAUGCUUCAUGUACUGUAACUUCUGAGUGCUUGGUGUUAUGCUAGGAAAACAUUAUGGUGGGCUUGCUACUAAACCCUCUGUUCAAGACGUCUUAUUAACGUGGAGGCAAGUCUUGGAACCCGCAUUCGUUAAUGCUGUAAAGUGGGCGAACAUUGACUGUGAUCUAACGUGGUUUAUGGCUUCAAACGUGGUGCACAGCACUUGUAAUCAAAAGGCAACUCAUUUGUUGAUUUAGAGCAAUUGGUGCCUGUGAUGCAAGAAGCAUUAGAGCUUAAUGUAACAUAAGGCUAAAUUCAUUACACUACAAGAAGGUAAGUAUUGAUACAGGACAGUAAUGGCUGCAGUACUGAUUCCUACUGAAAGGAAAAGAAUUUAAAUAUUAAAGCUUAAUUGGUAUAUUGAAAUCCAGUGAAGGCUGGAAUUUCUCUGGAUUUCCUUUACAAAGUGAGAAUUUCCAUAUAUCUUAAUAUAUUUUUGAAGUAUUUAUCACUGUAUAAUACUUGUAGCCAUGACAUCUUUAUUUUUGUUUAAAACUUAAUGCUGAUUCUUGUCACUCUAGUGUGUAUCAAGCAUUGUCUUGUUUGAGUAAUAUUUCACUCUGUUUUCAAAAUGCUGUGUAUUUCUUUCAAUGGUUGUACAAAUUGCCUUAUGUUUCUGGUAGCUUUUUAAUAAUGUUCCUGGGUUAUUCACAAUGUGUACAAUUUUACUAUGGUGACUUCAAAGGUGAAUAAAUGUAAAGUAUUUUUAUUUUAAAAAACCUUUCUGAUUAUUAGAUCGGAUGGAUGCUGGUGCUCAGACAGUGAGUGUUUUGGUGGUUACCUGGAUGCAUCAGUUUAUAUUCACUGUAUUGCUGGUGCUUUGACCUGAGAUGAGGACUUCAGCAGCACCAGAGCAGUUUGAUUCUAGUCUUCAAUGCAGUCCUGAAGUCCAGACUGGAGCUAACACAGCCUGAGGGGAAAAUCCCAUCCAAAAGGACCAUCUUCACUGUCGUGACUGGAAACACCCUGAUGGUUUUGUAGGCCAGAGCUUUCCUAAGUUUACUAACAUAAGUAGGUGCAGUCAGCCUCCUCCAAGAGUUGCUCCUGCUUGUAGAGAAUGACAGAGCUCUUGUUUCUUCUCUUUCAAGACUUGCUGCUGCUCUCACACAUGCAUUUUUUUAACUGAAACUGGAGUUUCUGAUACAUGUUACGACAGCUGUACAGUGUGUUGCUGGAGUUCAGCCUUCUUGGAUUAGUCCUACUGAGCAGCUGUAAUCUUUGAGAGUGUUGGGCUUUACUCUUUUAAAAGGUGGUCUCAUGCCCCUGUCUCCAAGCUGGGGGCUCUGAUGCCUGUUAAAUGCUGCAAGUCCAUUGUUCUGCCCCCGUCCCUGGCUGCCUGUGGGCCCAUGGCUGUGCCCUUUGAGAGGGUCCUCCUUGGUGAGCAGAGCACCCAGUGGGCAGCAGACUUCCUCUCAGGAAAGCUUAUCAGCCCAGCAGCUGGGUCAGCAUCACUGUGGCUGGCAGUGGCCACCCUGCUUCUGCUGGCCACUGGGCCCUGGGGCAGGCGUGCAGCAGCCAGGCUGGACAGAGCAGUGUUGUGCUGGCUGGCCACAGAUGUGGGGAGAAGGACAAAAAGGGGCAUUCAGGGGUGGUAAGUCCCGCAGAGGCAGGAAGGAGCUGGUGGUCCUCCCCCUCAUGCUGCUGGCUCUGAAUAAACGGCUGCUUGUUCUCCAACUUCCAGUUCUCUAAACUCCAGCUUGCCUCCUCUCAGCAAAAGGAUUGGGAGUCCAUGGUGCACGACUGCUCUCGGUUCCUCUCUCAGGUUCCUGCAGGGAUGAUGCCUGUGUGUGGCAGCUGAGUGCUCUGGGCACCUGCCUGCAGUCAUCCAGGAGGCUGUGGUGCCUGGAACUUUGUCCACAGUGGGAGUAAGCUGGUUGGUCCUGGGAGCUGAAAGUAUUUUCUAAAAUGUGGGAUGCUUAGGGGAAUAUGAUGAAAAGCAUGGGGAAUGACAGGGCAAGAAAUGCUCUAAACAGAGGUCAGAUGUCUCUCCUGUGCCAGACAGAACAAAGAUAAAAUAUCUUUAUUUUCAGUGUAAUCUGAUCUGGCAGGCCCCACAAAAACAAUAGCAGAGAGGAUAUUUAUGCUGGCUUUUACAGUCUGCUCUGGAAAAAUGAAAAAAGCCCCCAACAAACACAGCCUGGGAAUGUCCUUUCACAAAGUCACAUGAGCUUUUGGUGUAAACCUGACCCUUUCCAACGUGCAGCUUGAAGAGCAUCUGCCAGUCUUUCUUGGCCUGGGAGAAGCCAGGAAUGGAUUCUAAGAGCCAGGAAAGCUGCAAGGCUGAGUCAGAAGGCUACAGUGCAGCUCUGCAGUGAGUGGCAAUACUGCCUGGAGCCAGGCUGCUCUGGUUUCUGCUGCGAGCAGGGGGCACAGCUCAGGCUGCUGGAGCCUGGCACAAGGGGUAACUGCCUGUCCUAGCCAGAGCCAUGCUGCUGCUCUCUGCUGACAUGGGAAUGUAGGAUUGAAGAGCAGGACUUAAAUCACUGGAGCCCCAUUGAUUUCAGGGCAGUUCGGACUAACUUAUGUUUGCAUGACUUCUAACUUUUAAAAAUAUUUUUAUUUCAGUUUCCACCUGACAGUUUGCCUCAAUGGAGUAAUGUGUUUCUCAAUUGAAAACUGCUGCUCAUCCGCUUUUCUGCCUCAGAAAAGGGAAGCAAGAUGCUGCUGUUGCUUCCUUUAAAUGCAGAAGGGAAGUAGGUGGUGUUUCAGUACAAGGCUGUGUCUCAUCCUCACAGCAGAUUUUGGCUCUCCAGCAUUGUUGUAAUUCCUGGGCCUGUGGUGGAUGCAGCAGGCUCAUCUUGUCUGGAGAUUAGCACAUGGCAAUAGCUGCAGGUUCUGCAGGGGGCCCAACAAGUGCUGGCAGGAUCUUGCAUUUGAGGGAAAAGGAGAGGAGUGAAGGUGCUGGCUGGGCUCUUCUAUCACCUGGCUGCUCAUACCAGUUUUGUGUCUUUUCUGCUGUGCUGUGUAUGAAGACCUUUGGAGGGCUGAGGGAUGGGGAAAGUGGUGUUCCCAGUUAAUAGUGGUGCUCACAGUGGUCUCACUGGAGCUGUCAGUGUUUUCUGCUGGUUCUGCACCUGCUCCCUCCCUUCCCUUCUAAAGGGGCAUCCAUUGGAACUACAGGCCAAAAUUGCAGUGCUGUUGCAGCAGCCCAGCUGCUCAUUAAAGGAAAAAGCAAUUUACUCAUCAGGCUUCUUAAGAGCACUGAACUAGCCAGUAGAUUUCUUUUUGACUUGGAAAAAAUGAGGCACUGUUACAGCUCAAAAACAUGAGUUGCAGGAUGGUGUUAUAUGGCAGUUGGUGAACUGCUUUGCUGUGGUAUGCAAAGAAUCUGGUCUGGCACCUCUCACUGGAGGAAUUGGUGCUGGUGCUGUGUCCUUUUCUCACCAUGCACACUGCAA